AUGGCCGGCUGCAGCCCAGAAGAGAAAACUUACCGGCGCUUCCUGGAGCUAUUCCUGGGCGAGUUUCGUGGUCCUUGCGGCGGGGGCGAGCCAGAGCCUGAACCUGAGUCUGAGCCCGAACCUGAACUGGUAGCAGCUGAGGCGACCGAAGCUUCGGUCGAGGAUCCCGGGGAGGAGUCGGCCACAGUAAACCCAACGGAGGAGGGAGAACAGGAGCAAGACCCAGAGCCCGAAGAGGAGGCGGUUGAGGAGGAGGCGGAGGCGGUGGCGGCGGCUGAGGGCGAGGAGGAGGAGGAGGAGGAGGCAGCCCCGGGGCACUCGGCCGUGCAACCGCCGCCGCAGCCCCAGCUGCCGCCGCUGCCCCCGCUCCCGCGACCGCUGUCGGAGCGCAUCACCCGUGAGGAGGUGGAGGGCGAGAGCCUGGACCUGUGCCUGCAGCAGCUCUACAAAUAUAAUUGCCCUUCAUUUUUGGCUGCUGCGUUAGCCAGAGCCACAUCAGAUGAAGUGCUUCAAAGUGAUCUUUCUGCACAUUAUAUCCCAAAGGAAACGGAUGGCACAGAAGGGAGUGUGGAGAUUGAGACAGUGAAAUUGGCCCGUUCUGUCUUCAGCAAACUACAUGAGAUUUGCUGCAGCUGGGUGAAAGACUUCCCUCUCCGCAGGAGACCCCAGCUUUACUAUGAAACAUCAAUCCAUGCCAUCAAAAACAUGCGCAGGAAAAUGGAGGACAAACAUGUCUGCAUUCCUGACUUUAAUAUGCUCUUCAACUUAGAGGAUCAGGAAGAACAAGCUUACUUUGCAGUGUUUGAUGGCCAUGGGGGAGUAGAUGCUGCCAUUUACGCUUCCAUUCACCUACAUGUUAAUUUAGUACGCCAAGAGGUAUUUCCCCAUGAUCCUGCUGAGGCUCUGUGCCGGGCCUUCCGGGUCACUGAUGAGCGGUUUGUGCAGAAGGCAGCUAGGGAGAGCUUAAGAUGUGGGACCACAGGAGUGGUGACUUUUAUCAGAGGCAACAUGCUACAUGUGGCCUGGGUGGGUGAUUCCCAGGUAAUGCUUGUGAGAAAGGGCCAAGCUGUUGAACUAAUGAAACCACACAAACCAGACAGAGAGGAUGAAAAACAGCGAAUUGAGGCCCUUGGAGGUUGUGUAGUCUGGUUUGGUGCCUGGAGGGUGAAUGGAAGUCUGUCAGUCUCCAGAGCUAUAGGAGAUGCUGAACACAAGCCAUAUAUCUGUGGGGAUGCAGAUUCCGCCUCUACUGUUUUGGAUGGGACAGAAGACUACCUCAUUCUGGCCUGUGAUGGCUUCUAUGAUACUGUGAACCCUGAUGAGGCAGUGAAAGUUGUGUCUGACCACCUGAAAGAGAACAAUGGAGACAGCAGUAUGGUUGCCCACAAAUUAGUGGCAUCAGCUCGUGAUGCUGGGUCAAGUGAUAACAUCACUGUUAUUGUGGUAUUCCUGAGGGACAUGAACAAAGCUGUAAAUGUUAGUGAGGAAUCAGAUUGGACAGAGAACUCUUUUCAAGGAGGGCAAGAAGAUGGUGGGGAUGAUAAGGAGAAUCAUGGAGAGUGCAAACGCCCUUGGCCUCAGCACCAGUGCUCAGCACCAGCCGAUCUAGGCUAUGAUGGGCGUGUGGAUUCAUUCACUGAUAGAACUAGCCUGAGCCCAGGGUCCCAAAUCAACGUGCUGGAAGACCCAGGCUACCUAGAUCUCACACAAAUAGAAGCAACCAAACCUCACAGUGCCCAGAUUUUGCCAUCAGUUGAGAUGUUUGGUCUUGGUGCACCAAAGCAAGCAAAUCUUAUUAAUGAGUUAAUAAUGAAGGAAAAAUCAGUUCGAUCAUCAUUGCCUGAACGGAAUGGUGCUGGAGAGUUUCCAGGGCAGCAGAUAUACAGAAUGGAGAGCUUGGCUCUUGUCUGUUCUGGGCUGGAAAAUGAACAGUUCAAAUACCUGGGAAAAAGAGUUUCUAGAUUGUAUCAUUUACGCCACUACUACUUCAAAAGGUGGCACGGAUUCAGGUUCAAUCCAAAGUUUUAUUCAUUUCUCUCUGCUCGAGAGCCUUCCCACAAAAUGGGCAUCAGCCUGUCCACACUUAUUCGAAGUGGGAAGAGAAAUAGGAUGUUAAGAAGUUAUGUGCCAUGGAGGGAAAAUAGUUGGAAAGGGUAUAGUGAAAAUACAAUGAGAAAGCUCAGAAAGGGUAAUGAUAUUCCAUAUGCAGAUCUUCUCUGGAGCCAUAAAAUAUAA